AUGACCGAUGUGCGAAAGGGUCCAUCGUCAUCUCCGGCACCAGUCACGCCAGUAACGGGAAAGAAGACAUCGUCAGUAACGCCAAAACAGAAGCCUGACGAAGAGACGAUAAAAGUAGCGUCAAAGAAAGAUGGAGCGGCCGGUAGUGCACCCAAAAACGGCGUGAUUAAAUUGAAGAAGCUACCGCCAAAGCACAAGCAACCAGGAAACUGGAAGGAGGGGACAUUUGUUGACCAAGAGAAGAAGAAGGCUGCCAAGUCGAACAUCCCGGCGCCGUCACCGAGUCCAGUGGUCAACCAGCUUGACGAGACUGCGCGUGAAACGUUUGCUACUGGCAGACCGCUAGAAGACGCGCCCGACCUGCAGAUAUGCAAGCACUGCAAGAAGAGCGUGCUAAGCACGGCGGCCAAGCAGCACAUUGCGGCGUGUCUCAAGAUCAAAAAGGAAAAGGCUCAGCGUAAGAAGGAGGCCAAGGAGGCGCGCGAGCGAGCACGCGAGCAGCAAGCACGCGAUGAGGAGGAGGCAGCUCGCCGGGCAGAGCAGGGUGCAGGGGGCGGCAAGGAUGACGAUAGCGACAGUGACGAUGACGGUGGUGGUGGUGGUGGUGGCGGCGGUACCGAUAAGAAGAUAAGCGGCAAGCUGACGGGAAAGAAAGCGGCGGCGGCGGCGGCGGCAGCAGAGGCAGCAGGUGGCAAAAAGACCGAGGCCGGAGGCAGCGGCAGCGUGGAUGCCAAGGGUGGUGUGGGCUCGAACAAGAAGCGCAAGGCAGACAGCGAGCUCGACAAGGCAGGGCCCAAGAAAAAGAAGAAGGAGGAGGUCAAGCCAAAGACGGCUAAGCCCAAGGGACCAGUAGACGUGGAGAGGCAGUGCGGUGUGAUCCUGCCUAACGGGCAGCCUUGCGCGCGGUCACUGACCUGCAAGAGCCAUAGCAUGGGGGCUAAGCGGGCAGUGCCUGGCCGGUCGCUACCGUACGACAUGUUGCUGGCGGCAUACCAGAAGAAGAACCAGGCAAAGCAGCAGAAGGCUGCCAUUGACGCGACCGCGCCAGUCGAGGACGAGGACGAGGCCAACAGCGGCGCGAUCGACUCGGAGGAGGAAGCCAGCGCGGUCAUGAGCGCAAUGGCGCGGUGGCGGCCGCAACCAGUAGUGCCGCAGCCGACGUUUGCGCCCAUCCGGCGCCAGUACCAACUAGCCCGGCUGCACGAGCAGCUCAACAUGGCCACUAACGGCGGCCGCGUCAACAUAUUCCGCGUCGUCGGCUACGGCGCCCAGAAGCUGCCCGACGGCCACCCCGGCCUGUUGGACAGCGAGGAUGCACCCGGCGAGCCCGACGAUGCCAUGAUGAUGCUGCCGCCUGCCCAGCCGGCCUCUGCAGGCGGUGGUGGCGGCCUGCCCUCUGUCACGCCCGUUCUACCGCCGAUCCCGCCAUCCAUGGGCGCUAUGGGUGCGUCCUCGUCGCCGUCAUCGAUGCGCAACCAGAGCAGUCCGGCAGCGAUGUCGCAACACAACCAGCAGCAGCAUCAACAGCAGCACCAGCGGCCAAUACCCGUACCCUUGGCUGGCCGGGCAUAA